AAUCAGUCACUUUAAAUUUGCUCCCUUCCACUACCGCCGUUUUUCCACCACUGCGUAUAUUUUUCAUUGUCAUUUUACAUUUCGUUCUUCUUCUUCUUGUUCUUCUGUUUCGUGCUUUCGUUUGUUACAACAUUACAUGCAAAAACGACAAUGAAGAACCCAAAACGACACCCGUCGGAAUCCUCUCUCCGGCGAGUGACCUCUGAGGAGACCGUGACGGGGUUGAAGAAUGCUCACCGGAGGAGGCUGAAAAUUCGGCGAAUGAAGUACAGCUGCCAGGCGAAGAUCAACGCCGGCGACGGAGAUUUUCCUCCGUCGGGGAAGGAGCGGAGGGAGAUUCAUGAGUCUGUGCAGAUAUCACUGUCCCUGGCGAACUCUUCGUCGUCAUCAUCAUCGGAGGAGGAUCGGGAGCGGAAGCGAGACGACGGCGUUUUGCCGUACGGUUCGGUUUCGGUGGUGGGGAGCAGGAAGGAGAUGGAGGACGCGGUGAGCGUGGAGACAGGGUGCGUGACGAAGUGCGACUACUUCGCUGUUUUUGACGGUCACGGCGGAGCUCAGGUGGCGGAGGCGUGCCGGGAGCGGCUGUAUCGGCUUGUGGCGGAGGAGGUUGAGAGGUGCGGGAAUGGGGUGGAGGAGGUGGACUGGGAGGAAGUGAUGGAAGGGUGUUUUCGUAAUAUGGACGGUGAGGUGGCGGGUAAUGCGGCGUUGAGGACGGUGGGUUCCACGGCGGUUGUCGCCGUUGUUGCAGCGGCGGAGGUUGUCAUCGCUAAUUGCGGUGAUUGUAGAGCGGUGUUAGGCAGAGGAGGUGAAGCUGUGGAUUUGUCUAGUGAUCAUAAGCCCGACAGGCCUGAUGAGUUGAUGCGAAUCGAGGAAGCUGGUGGAAAGGUCAUAAACUGGAAUGGCCAGCGUGUUCUAGGUGUUCUUGCCACUUCCCGAUCUAUAGGGGAUCAGUACCUUCGACCCUAUGUAAUAUCGAAACCGGAAGUGACAGUGACAAAGAGAAGCAGCAAGGAUGAGUUUCUGAUACUAGCAAGUGAUGGCUUGUGGGAUGUGAUCUCAAGUGAAAUGGCGUGCCAGGUUGUGAGAAAAUGCCUCAACGGGCAGAUUAGGAGAAUUUGUAAUGAGAAUCAAAGUCGUGCUUCUGAGGCUGCAACUCUUUUGGCUGAGAUAGCAUUGGCAAAGGGAAGCAGGGAUAACACCAGUGUCAUUGUAAUUGAGCUGAGAGGGACUGUAACAUAGUUGAGACCUCAUUAUUAGCAAUGACAUGUAACAUCUAGUUAAAUGCCAUGAGAGAUUAUGUUGUAUAAUAAUUGACAUGUGAAUUGGUUUGUCAAAAAAAGAAGUCAUGAUUAAUUUAGCUUAA